UUAGUUCAGGAGCGAACCUUUGUUUAUCCUAGUAACGGAAGUUAUUUUACUUAUCGUUGCGCUUUCAUUUUCGAUGUUUUAUGUGUUCCCACAUAAAGGGGAAUAAAUAAAAUAAUAAUAAUAAUAAUAAAGGAUCCGCAAGAAGAGACAAGGGAAAAAAAAUUCGUAAAGUUUUAAGAAAACACUAAGCAAGCAGGAAAAAAAAAAAAAACAGCAACUGCUCUAAACGAAAUAUCUGGGCGGGAAUCCAACAGGUACUUUUUUGCUGUCAUGCUUGGAAAUCGCACGAAAAACAGACGAGACAAAGAUGACGACAGCGAAGUGGAUAGCGAAUCGAUUGUAAUUCCAGUGACGUUCGAAUCUCGAAGAGAUGAUGGGUUCCAUUUCAUGCAUGUCGGUCAAUACAAGAAAGCUAUCGAGAGUUUCACUAAGGCUCUGGAAUUGAAUGAAGGUGAUAAACAGUGUCUGGUAACAAGAUCCAAAUGCAGCUUACAACUUGGGGAUGCCCAGAAUGCCUUGAAAGAUGCUGAAAUGGCACUGUUGCAAGGAAACGAUUUUAUUCCUGCCAUACUUCGGAAAGCUGAAGCACUUUACCAGUUGGGAGAUUUUGAAACAGCUCUUGUGUACUUCCACCGUGGGAAUAAACUCAGACCAGAAUUACAAGAGUUUCUUCUUGGUAUUAGCAAGGCACAAGAAGCCAUCAAUAACAGUAUUGGAAGUGGCAAUCUGGCUAAAUUCACCAAACAUAUCUGUGAAAAAUUCUUAACAUCAGGUGGCAGGAUAAAAUUCCCAGUUCAACUGUGUUCAAGAGAGAUAAUAUGUCAAAAAAAUAAGAAACCUCACAGGGAAGGAUAUCGUAAAAUGAUACAGAAAGUUGAAGAAAAGAAGACUCGGCAGAGGAAAGUACCUUCUGGAGACCCAAAUGUUACAAAGAAAUUGCUGGAAGAACUACAUAUUGACAAAGAAUAUCUGGAACAUUUGCUUUUAGACAAAACUUUGACAAAUUCAAAGAUAGAUUUCAAUGAUGAGACAAUUCGCAACUUAAUAAUAGAUGAGCUUGAAUACCUUGAUACACGUAUGAAUUUUUGGCAGCAACAGAAACCUUUGUAUUCUCAUAGAAGGAAGACUACAGCCAAGAGUGCAAUCCUCCGCAGUGGCAGCAAAGACAUUCUCAACCGUCUGGAAGAAGUAGACGACCUUCUACUUCAAGGAAACUUCAGAAGGGCUUUGGAGAAAGCGAAAGGUACUCUCAAAAUAGUCGAAGCCUGUCCUUCCAGUAAAGUACCUGAAAAAAAUUUGUUUAUUGCUAAUCUUCACAGUUGCAUUGGUAAUGCUUACAUGGAACUUGGUGAGUUCCAACUUGCAGAGAAUCAUCACAUUAAAGAUCAAUCUAUAUCAGAGGAAAAUAAACAAGACAACGGGCGAGCUGUAGACAAUCUUGGCAGAACAUAUGCAAGAUGGGGAAAAAACAGAGAAGCCAUUAAAAUUUGGGAGACCAAACUUAAUUCUGACUUGAAAGGUGUUGAAAAAACAUGGCUGUAUCAUGAAAUUGGGCAUUGUUAUUUGGAACUAAAAGACUAUGUGGAAGCACUCAACUAUGGCCAGAUGUCACUGGCUGUUGCUGAAGAAAUUGAAGAUGAAGACUGGGAAAUGAAUGCUGCUCUACUUUGUGCUCAAAGUUUCGCAUGUGAUAAAAAAGUAAGCAGUGCUGUACAACAUUACCAGAAAGUUAUUAACAUUGCACAGAAACAAGGCAGAGUUGAAGUUGAAGGCAGAAUCAGGAAAGUGAUGCAAGAAUUGGAGUUCAGUGAAUCUGAAGGAGAAGAAAAACUUCAAAAAACUUCUAAUGGUGAGAAUGAGCAGAAUCAUGAAGAAAAACCAAGCUCUGACAAUGGAGACUAUGAAGAUGAGUUUGAGGAACCAAGUUCUGAAAAUGGUAAUGGUAAAGAACAUAAUGAAACAGAUGAUUACAACACUGAAGAAUCUGAAGCAGGAACUCCCACUAACAAUGAUGGCACUAAUAAAGACUCCUAAGAUGAAGAAUGGUUGACUUGAAGAUGAAAAUGAACAGUAAAAAAAGUGACUGUACACUAAGUUGUAAAAUGUGGUGAACCAUUAAAGAUUGAAAAAAAACAUUCCAACUGUUUUCACAUACUGACACCAAACAAGUUUUUAUGAGAGAGAAGUGUAAUCCAUGAAAUAAAUCAUUAUAUUGCUUGUUUACUAUCUUGGUGCAAAGUGAAGUCAAUUCUAGUUAGAAUUGAACUCAGAACUGUGCAAAGCAAAACUAAAUUCCUUGUCAUUGCUUUCUUAAUUCUACAUCUAAUCUGCUUAAUCUCGUACUCUUUAGUGGCUCCUACAUCACUAUCAGAUUUAUUAACAGUGUUUAGUCAUAGCACUUUAUGUUCUGAAUUCAAAACCAACUGAGGUUACUUUACCUUUUAUCCAUCUGGGGCUGAUAACAUAAAAGUGUAUGUGUGUGUGGUGGGCUAAUUUAAUCAAAUAUACCUUCCUCAAAAUGUGUGGCUUUGUGUUAGUGUUAUAAAUGAAUAUUAGCUGAAUUAUUCUCAACCUAUAAUCUUUCACUUCUGUUCAGUUUUUGUCCAAGUCUUAGAGUUUAAAAAUAGUAUUUCAUACUCUGCCCUUAUACCCUCACUAACGUGUAAAAUACAAUAAAAUUUUCUUACAUAU